UCCUCUUCUGGCGCUGCAAAAUUAGAUGGGGUCUGGAAACGACAGGCUAGGUUUCCCCUGCCGCAUGAGGCAAUAUUGCGCAAUCCUGGCUAGGCACAUUACAAUAGCGUUUGGACGCGUCAGCACAUCCGAGGCAAACGUUGGAAGCCUAAUUUAAAAUAUAUGAUCGCUAAAUUGGAAACGGGACUAACUGGCAAUAAUCUGAAGACUAUAGUCAGGAUUGCAGCAUGAUUUAAAUGGACACAUAUGUUCCAGGUGGUUUGUGCUACAUCUCCGCUCAUGUCUUUUGCAAUGAACGAUAUGGUUAGGUGAUGUGCUGUCCUGGCAGACCAAAUCAGAAAGGACCUCCCAGCCACACGCCUCACAGUAGCUUUAUCAGACAUUACGAUCAACACGCAAGCGCGUAUAUCGUUCUCAACAUGGAAAGAGGCGCUCACAGGGGCGUAGCUGAACGUCAGGACAUGACUGAAUUCUGGAAGGUACACUCCCGACAAGCCACGGUAGAAGAAAUGAUGCUGGACUCCAAUGCCCAGGAACUCACUGAGCAUGAGUUGCCUGAGAUCCUCUCCCUCCUGCCCAGCGUGGCAGGCAAAGAUGUCCUGGAGCUGGGAUCAGGGAUUGGGCGAUACACGUGUCACCUCAUUGGUAAAGCCCACCAUGUGACAGCUGUGGACUUCAUGGAGAAGUUUGUGGAAAAGAACAGGAGGGACCACAGUCACCUUGGUAAAGCUGACUUCCUCCAGGCCGACGUCACACAGCUUAAUUUUCCCCAAAACAGUUUUGACCUGAUCUUCUCUAACUGGCUGUUGAUGUACCUGAGUGAUGGGGAGCUGAGUACAAUGGUAGAGAAGAUGUUGGCCUGGCUGAAGCCUGGAGGACACUUAUUCUUCAGGGAGUCCUGCUUCCACCAGUCAGGGGACUGUAAAAGAGAUUUUGACCCCACACGCUACCGCACCCCAGCCCUCUACAACCAUCUGGUGACAUCAGCAACGUGGCAGGACAACAAAAAGGCCUUUGGGUUUGACAUUGUCCUGACCAAAUCAGUGCAGACCUACAUCAAGAUGAAGAAAAACAAGAACCAGGUGUGCUGGCUCCUGCAGAAGGCUCCGCGCGACGCCGCCGCCCAACAGGGGGACUUCAGCACCUUCCAGCAGUUCCUGGACAACCAGCAAUACACGCGCCGUGGCAUUCUGCGAUACGAGAAGAUGUUUGGCGCUGGUUACGUCAGCACCGGCGGUCUCAGCACCACGAAGGAGUUUGUUGACCUUUUGAAUCUCACCCCUGGGCAAAAAGUUGUUGAUGUUGGCUGUGGCAUAGGAGGAGGGGAUUUCUAUAUGGCAAAGAACUUUGGCGUGGAAGUCUUGGGAAUGGACCUGUCAGCAAACAUGGUGGAAAUUGCCUGCGAGAGAGCAGUCAGCGAGAAGCUGCCACUGGUGCACUUCGAAGUGGCUGAUGCUACAAAGAGGGUUUUCCCUGAGGGAACUUUCGAUGUGGUUUAUAGCCGGGACACCAUUUUGCACAUAAGUGACAAGCUGGAGCUCUUCAAACAUUUCUAUUCGUGGCUGAAGCCUGGAGGGAAGUUGCUGAUCAGUGACUACUGCUGUGGAGAGAAGCCCUGGAGUCCCCGGUUUGAGGAAUACGUCAAACAGAGAGGCUACAUUCUUUACACGCCAAAGAGAUAUGGCCAGUUCCUGGAGGAGGCAGGCUUUACCAACGUGCGUGCUGAAGACCGAACGGUGCAGUUCAUUCGGGUGAUCAAGAGAGAGCUGGGGAAAGGGGAGGACAUGAGGGAAGAGUUCAUCCAGGAAUUCUCUCAAGAUGACUUUGAUGCCAUUGUGAAUGGUUGGACAGAAAAACUGCAACGCUGUGAAUUAGGGGACCAGCGUUGGGGAUUGUUCUACGCCACCAAAAAAUGAGAGAAAGACAGAUAGACAGAGAGUGCGAGAGAGAGAGAGAGAGAGAGAGAGAGAGAGAGAGAGAGAGAGAGAGAUGAUAGUGAUAAAGGUGUGUGUGCAUAUGUGUGUGUGUGUGUGUGUUUGUGCGUGUGUAAGGGAGAGUGCUGGUUGACAUUGCAGGGAUUUUAAAUCAUUGUUUUGUUUGAAGCUGACUGCCAAUAAAAAUAGUUAUGAUGCAUUCUUGUGUUAUUGCAGUCUCUGAUUGUACCUCAAAAGGCCAUUUAGCAUUUUUCAAUCCGACCAAAUGACUGUAAUGCAAAUAUUUUAUUAAAAUGUCAACUUUUGCACUCAC